AUGAAUAUACGUAUAACUUACAAAUCUAUUUUGUUAAUCAUAUUACUCGGAUUUGUGAGAUGUGCGGACAAACCAGAUGAUCAACCAACUGCCAAGAGUGUGGGUCUAGUGGCAUAUAGCGAUAGUGAAGAAGAAGAAAAUUUUGACGUAACAGAUCUAACGGAAAUUGGACAACAAACAAUUGGUCGUAUAAAUUCUGAUUAUCCAACACAUCAAUCUAUUCAAGAAAACAAAUUGCAAACUGAGUUACAAAAGUUACAAACUGAAAUAAAAAAAUUACAUACCAAACUACGACAAUUGCAAACUGAAUUACGAAAGUAUUACCCUGGAUACCUAGCUCCUACAACUCAACAACAAGAACAGCAUUAUGGAUCUCCACAAACUCAACCAGUAAUUCAUGAACCUGAACCAUUGAUUGAACCUGAACCGUAUGGUGAAUAUCAAUCAGAAUCAUUACAAUCAGAACAAGUACAAUAUGGACAUGAUGGACCAAAGCAAUACACUCAACUUCAAGUACCUCAAGAACGAGAACAGUAUUAUGAACCACCAACAACUCAACCUCAACAAGAACAAUAUCAGUACUAUGUGUCACCACAACCUCAACUCCAAGAUCAAGCCCAACAAUACGGAACAAUGGACCAAAGUUAUCAGUAUUAUGCGCCUCCACCUAUUCGUAGGCCUAUACCGUGUUACCCAGAAGUUGCUUAUCAGAGUUAUUAUUUUCCAAGAUAUCCACCAUAUAUACCACCUCAAGUAACUGAACCUCAACAAACAGAACAUUAUUAUGUACCACCACAAACUCAACAACCAAGUCCUCAACCGGAUACAGAAUAUGCAACUCCUCCUCAAGAACUGAGCCAAGAAGUAACACCUAUUCAACCUCCAAGUAUAGAUCAAUCAGAUAGCACAGUUAAAUCAGGUCAUAAACAAGGUUCUGUUAAAAGAAAAAAACCGUCGCGUAAAACACAUAAAAUCGAACUGUAUAAGAAGGACGCUGGGGGAAAUCUGGUCGAAAUGUCUGAUAAUGAUUAUUUUAUUACACAUAUGGAUGUAGAUAAAGGAAAAUAUUUAUUUAAUUCAAAUCUUGAGCAGAUAAGGUCUGAAGGUGAAAUAGUCUACGAACAUUUAAGUGGAACUCCCUAUUGUUCAGUAUUAAAGCACAGGAGAAGAUAUAACAUUUUUAUCCUUACUAAUCCUGAGGGAUUUAUAUUAGUUAAGAAAGUUGAAGGGGUUUGGAGAAAAUUCCCAAAAUCGAUCCCAGACUUUUUAAAACUAUACACACAAGAUUCCGAAGGAAGUGAAAUUCUAUUGACUGAGGGUGAUUAUACUAUUGAUUUUACUUCAUGUGGAUCUUUUACAUAUGAAUUGCGCCCAGGCGUAAUUGCUACAAAAUUAAAGUUAGAGAACUGACUGCAUGGAAGAAAACUGAUAAAGACGAUGAGUUUCCUUUACUUAUUUAUCUUAAUGGUAGCGAAAGUGUUUUAGUUAAUUUUCACCGAUGUAAUAAAAUGUACCGAAGGAUAAACUAUAGGUAUAGUCUCAAAUACACUAAACAUAAUUCCACACCAUCUAAAUAGGGCUAAAUUA